GGCUGGCCGGCAGAGAGCAGCUGACUCCAGAGCUCUUGCUCAUGUGACUACCAUAGCUCCCUGUUGUACUCCUUGUUCCCAGCUAGGCUGGGUGCUCUGAGGGUUUCCUUCUGUGAGGAGCACCAGCACAGUGGGCGUGGAGAGAUUAAUCAGUGACAGGAAGCUGCCUCUCUCGGAGUAGUGACUGGGCUGUGGUCAGAGGAGCCUCCAAGAGAGGCCAGCCCCAGGAGUCUGCCCUACUUCUCGCCUGCUGCUCGCCCACCUUCUCCUGCCAUGGGACACCUUGGGGCCUUCCUCUUCCUAUUGGGGGCCCUGGGGGCUCUUGCUGAGAUCUGUGUAAUACCAGAGAUGGACAGCCAGCUGGUGGAGAAGCUGGGCCAGCACCUCUUGCCUUGGAUGGACCAGCUCUCCUUGGAGCACUUGAACCCCAGCCUCUAUGUGGGCCUGCGCCUCUCCAGCAUGCAGGCUGGGACCAAAGAGGACCUCUACCUUCACAGCCUCAAGCUCGACUAUCAGCAGUGCCUCCUGGGGUCUACCUCUAGUGAUUACAACAGUGGCUGCCAAACCAAGCCUUCCAUGGGCCAGCUGGCCCUCUACCUGCUCGCUCUCAGAGCUAACUGUGAAUUCGUCGGUGGCCGCAAAGGAGACAGACUGGUCUCACAGCUCAAGUGGUUCCUGGAGGAUGAGAAGAGAGCCAUUGGGCACGAUCACAAGGGCCACCCCCACACCAGCUACUACCAGUAUGGCCUCAGCAUCCUGGCCCUAUGUGUCCACCAGAAGCGGGUCCAUGACAACGUAGUGGGAAAGCUCUUGUAUGCUGUGGAACAUGACCACCAUCUCCACCAGGGUCACCUCUCUGUGGACACAGUGGCCAUGGCAGGCUUGGCCUUCACCUGUCUGGAGCGCUCCAACUUCAACCCUGAUCAGAGACAACGGAUCACCAUGGCCAUCCAAACAGCAAAGGAGAAGAUCCUGAGAGCCCAGACCCCUGAGGGCUACUUUGGGAAUGUCUACAGCACCCCACUGGCUCUGCAGUUGCUGAUGACCUCCCCUAUGCCCAGACUGGGGCUGGGCUUAGCAUGCCUCAAAGCAAGGACAGCCCUGUUGGCCAGCCUGCAGAAUGGGGCCUUCCAGAAUGCUCUCAUGAUUUCCCAGCUGCUGCCUGUCCUGAACCACAAGACGUAUAUGGAUCUCAUUUUUCCAGACUGCCAGGCACCAAGAGUUAUGUUGGUUCCAACUCUUGAGACCCCUUCACACGUCCAUGUCUCAGAGAUGAUCAGUGUCACACUGAAGGUCUCCAGUGUCUUGCCACCAUAUCAACAAGCCAUCUCUGUUCUUGCUGGGUCUUCUUUGGAAGAUGUCCUGAAGAAGGCCCACGAGCUAGGAGGAUUCACGUAUGGAACACAGGCCUCCCUGUCAGGCCCCUACCUGACAACUGUGAUGGGGAAAGCAGCUGGAGACCGAGAGUUUUGGCAGCUCCUCCGGGCCCCUGACACUCCUCUACUGCAAGGCAUUGCUGACUACAGACCCCAGAAUGGAGAAACCAUUGAGCUGAGGCUGGUUAGCUGGUAGCCCCUGGGCUCUCUCAAUCCAGCAGCCUCACUCACUCCCUGGGCUUCUGUUUUCCUGAUAUCCCUGUAAUAGGCACUUGUCUGACCUUGCUGCUACCUCCUGAAUACUUGGAGCAAUGUCCUCCGUAUCACCACAGCCACUCCCCCUGUGAGGAUCCUAAGCCAUGACUCAACCCUGAAGCAGCAAGCCAGGCACCAUCCUUGGGAAGUCUGGGUGGCUCAAAUCUGGCCCACAGGCCUCCCAUAAAUGUAGCUCCAUGUUCUGAAGGACAUAGUGCACUCAGACUCCUUGGCAGAAGGAGUAGAGGAAAUCUUUUCACCAUGGGCAUUGUGAGUACCACUGCUCUGGGAUUGAAGGCCCACAGGGAGGCCUCCAGGACCCAGGGGCUGUAGCCCUGACCCUGGCUCCCCACUCUGCUGUCAGGGUGGUGAUCCCAGAGCUGACAAGGCCUUAGCAGGGCUGUUCAAUGCCACCUUGAAAUGAUUAAAGCCUUGAUUUGUCUGAGUACAUGUUGCAGUGUCCUGGUGCCUUGUGCUCCACAAACACAGGGGCAAGGACAGAGAACGGGAGGUACCCUGGGGGGAGUUGGGCACAUGGACAUUUAAUUGGGUAUUGGGUAGUAAGGUUGGCAGAGGGGCUACUGUUUACUAAGCAAUUCUAUGAGGCUGCAAAUAUUCCAGUUUCAUCUCUGCUUUACAGAUAAGGAAACUGGUAGUUGAAAAGGGAAAGUGACUCACCCAAGGUUAUAGACAAGGCAGUAAUGCUGUGGCCUCCCACAGUGUCAGGCAUGGGGUGUGGCUUAGGAGACAGACAGACAUGACCUAAGCAGAGUACAGUGGUGCUUGCUUGUGGUCCCAGCUACUUGGAAGGCUGACGCAGGAGGAUUGCUUGAGCCCACGAGUUUGAGACCAGCCUGGGCCACAUAGUGAGACCCCAUUUCAAAAGACAUACCCUAGAAUUAAAUAAUAAUAAAAAAAAAAGUCCCUCAUCAACCUCCUGGUUCCUCCACUCAGACAUUAAAAAU